CACUUCAAAUAACAAUAGAAUCAUCCAACCCUUAAAUGCAACGAGGAUUGUGAAGCAGGAUCCGACAUGUCUUCUGUACCAUAGUCUGUUUUAAAUGCCAUCCAUUUAUUCUCCAUGCAAGGCACGAAGUGUUGUAUGGCUACUUUUUCACUUCACAACAUUGCAGGGGCUGGACAUUCUGGACGAUCUUGCAGAAUUUGUUAUACUUCUUCAUCACAACUUAUAGAAUGGCGGUUUGCAGGAAAGUAUGACUUUACUGAAGUUGUAUUCCAGUCUAAUCGUAGAUGCCCACAGAAGUUUUCUUUUAAGCUCAAGGCAUCCACCCGUCCGCCCUAUCUCUCAUCAUCUGGGUUUCGUGCGGUCGGUAAUACUGAAACAGAAGAGGCAUACCCAAAUGCACCUACUACAGAAAUCGCUCAAGAAGAUGAAGAAGAGAAACAAAAGCAGACUUGCAGCUCUGUGGAAGGCAGUGAUUCUGUGUUACCUGAGAACUGGGGCGAUGCUAUGUCCACGGAUGAUGUAAAAAUACUGUUUGAAGGCAGAAGCAAACACAAUUACAUUAGGGUUUUAGAGGUUUCAAGAAGAGCAGACCAUUUUUUGGCUGGUGCAAGGCUUCUACUGCUGGAUAAGCCUGGAAACAUUCACAGUAUGUAUUACAGGUACAAAAUCCUAACACAGAGUUACUAUGAUGUCUUUGGCACUCUUCCCCCACUUCUACCCCAUGGAACCCUAGGGAUUCUAGGAAUGGGCGCAGGCACAGCAGCUCAUAUUCUGCUUCACUUCUGGCCCUCGAUUGAUAUACACGGGUGGGAGCUUGACCCCAUGGUCAUAUCCGUUGGCAGAAAAUACUUUGACCUUUUGCAGCUGGAGAGCGACAACCGAGACAGGCUCGGUGUCCACAUUGGUGAUGCAUUGGAGGCUGAUGUUCCAGGUGGGUUUUCAGGUCUCAUUGUUGAUUUGUUUUCACAGGGUUCUGUCAUCCCUCAUUUGCAAAGUCCUCGGACUUGGCAGUGUCUGAAAGAGAGGCUCAAAGAUGGUGGGCGUAUAAUGGUUAACUGUGGGGGCAAGUGUGUGGAAGCUGAAAACCCUUCUAGGGAUGGCCACAGUGUCCUGCAUGAAACCUUGGGUGCCCUGGCUGAGGUAUUUCCUGGUGAGGUUUUUGUGUUAAGAUUAGGAUAUUAUAAGGAGGAUAGCUCCAUUGCAUUGACAGGGUCGUUACCUGAUGUGGGCUUUUGGAGACAAGCCUUGCCUUCUUGUUUAAGAAGUUAUGUUGGUAAUUGGGUGCCUGUUUCUGAGUUUAUGUAGACUCUUUGUGUCAUAGUUUUGCUCAAGUCUUAUGCUCCUCUAUUUUAAACAUAAACAUGCUCAAACACCUACAGUCAGGUGUGCUGGCACAUGUUCUCUCAUUUAUUCAGCCUACACACAAUUGGAUAGGGCAAACUCUCUUCCAAUGUAUGCAGAGGGGAGAUAUUUUUAGCAAUAUCCAGUUUACAGGGUGGGCUAAUUCUUCCUGAGAUUAGGUGUAAUCCCUGGAUCACCGCCAUGUGUUGCUUUUGGCAAUUGCUCUGUACUUCUAGGCCAGCUUUGAACUCAGUUCUUCACUUUUAAGCAGUGAACCAUAGCAGUUAAGAAACAGAAUAUCUCUCUUGAUGGCACGUUCUUGCUCUCCGUAUGUGCAAUCAAACAUCCCUAGCACACCAAAGGUUUCAUGGCGGGCAACCCAUUAGUUUCUCUGUUUUCACAAAACUUGGCAGUCAGAUAUUGAUAAAUCUAGUUUAUCUUUUAAGCUAUUGUAGUACUUCUUUCACCUUUUUUUUGCAGUGCACAAAGAGAUUAGAAACAUUAAUUGACAGCUAGUCUCACUUCAUCUAAGUUUGCCAUCAAGUUGUAAACGUCCACGUGGAAAAUCAAAGAUACAAAAUUCAAAUACUCAAGACUGAGAUGCACUAACCACGAUAUAUGAUAUUUAGGAUUAGCUCACAAAAUUAUAUUUGAUGGUGGACUGCUUUGAUGUGUCAAAUAUGGCUUUAAGGAAUGCAAACGUAAUUUGACUUGAGAAGUUUCUAUUCUACGAGACAUGUUUGACACAGAUUUAUGAGCAAGCUGAACUGCAAAAGGAGAAUGACUGGAAUGACUCUGAUCUUGAAUAUACCCUUGUUUUCCUGUGUACUUUAUAUCUGAGCAAUGAAAAUCUUUUCUCAUCCAUCUUCAA